AAAAGACAGGCCCGCAGCUCUCCUCUGACCUCCCCAGCAGCGGCAGCACCAAAGCCCCCCCACGCAUCAUCAACCAACCCCCUUACCCCUCCCCGGCGAUGCAUCUCCUCUCCCUCCUCCCCCUGGCAGCCGCCUGCAGCGCGGCCGCCGUGGCCCGCCAGGAGGCGGCCGCCGCCGCACCCGGCAGCAGCGGGAUCCACAACUGGAUGGCCGGCCCCUUCCCCGCCGACAACGGCCGCCUGCGCGUGGCCGCGCCCGAGGUGCUGACCCUGUCGGUGGCCGAGGUGAUGGAGAAGGGCGGCAACGCCACCGUGGCGGCCCCCUCGCCCGAGAUGGCAGCAGCCCCAGCCCCCGCGGAGGUGCUGGGGCGGCGCGACGUCUUCGGGGCCGACGACCGCGUCCUCAAGACGGACACGACGUACCCCUGGUCCGCCAUGGGCCGGCUGCUGAUCCAGUCGCCCAACGGCAACUACAUCUGCUCGGGGUCCAUGGUGGGCGCGCGCGUGCUGCUGGCGGCGCGGCACUGCGUCGUGGACGGGGCGUCGUACACCUUCUCGCCGGCCUACUACAACGGCGACCGGUUGCCGACGGCGUUCGCGACCCUCGUCAUCCGCAUCCCCGGCAAGAACGAGGACAAUGGCGGGUGCGGCUGGAAGGACGACUGGGCGCUCUUUAUCCUCAACAGGAACCCGGGUAACGGCUACCUCGGGUUCAAAACCUUCCCCGACAGGCUGUCGGGGGCCAGCGCCGACUGGUGGAACUACGGCUACCCGGGGGAUAAGUCGCCGUCGGGGCCCUAUGCGCAGAACCGCUUCAAGGUCCGCAAGAACCCCGGCUGCGGCAGCAGUGAGGGGGGCGCGCUGCUGUCUGACGUCGACGCCGCGGGCGGCCAGUCCGGCGGGCCCAUCUGGAUCCCCGAGUCCGACGGGCGCUACCAGUACGCCGUGCUGGUCGGCGGCAGCUCCCAGAACACGAUACUGUCACACGGCUCGGCCCUGCUCAACGCCAUCGUGGCUGCCAGGAGGGACUACCCCUAAGCUGCGACUGGCUGCAACGUGGGACGAGUCCUUUGGCGGGUUUGUCUCGUCACGUUUGUCUCGAGCAAAAAAGUGUAGAGGUAUAUGUACGCGGUUAUAGACCGCUGCCCGUUCUGUUUCACUUCUUUGUCAUGUGGGAAUUUUAUCGUAUGGGAGGAUUGGAGAAGUCAGAUGCCCUCCAAGCCUUUUGGAUGCAUGGUUUGGAUUUCAGGGCGUGUGUAGAAAACACUGUCUUGCAUCACAGCCAAUACGACACUCGACGGGGAAAUUUCUGGAAGAAGACGAGGAAAACCCGCCG